UUGAAAAGUAAGGGGAAGAGCUUGGUUUUGGCAGGUGAUGGACGCCACGAUAGCAUGAGUCACAGCGCCAAUUACGGGGCAUAUACUUUGAUGCUUUGCACUGUUCCCACAAUUAUUCAUUUUUCCCUUGUCCAGAGUAACGAAGUUAAUGGAAGCUCAGCAAUGGAGUUUGAAGGAUUCCUCCGAAGUAUGACAUACUUGUUUGGUGUUGGACUCACGAUGUCAGCAUUUAUUUCUGAUCGGCACUGCUCUAUUGCAAAGCACAUGAGGGAAAAAUUACCAACUGUGAGCCACUACUUUGAUUUGUGGCAUUUAAAGAAAAAGGUUCGAGAAAUUCUAAACAAAAUAGCCAAAAUGAAAGGAUGCGAGGAGUUGUCAAAAUGGAUCAAGCCCUGUGUACUUCACUUGUUCUGGAGUGUCAAAACUACAUUUAACGGCAAUGGUGAUGUCAUAUUUGUGAAGUUCAAAACAUUUCUCCAACACAUUAAAAACAUUCAUGAAGGAUUUGAUGACCCUCUUUUUGACAAGUGCCUCCAUAGCAAGGAUAUCUCAACAAAAAUGUUGUUAAAAGAAGGUCAGUACUAGCCAUCAAUUACUGUUUAUUUUGACUAUCAUGAAGAAUCAAAGCACCAAACUAGCACUGUAGCAACCAUAUUUUUAUCUUGGUCUAAUCCUCUUUCAAUUGAUAGCUGUAAAGUUUUGUACAAAAUUGCUAAUGAGAAGAUGGAAAAGGCAUUACUAACUGACAGCCUAAUUAAAGGUAGAAAAAAGGCUUCCCCUUUGGCACAGACAAGCUGUUUGGAGGCAUUCCAUUCCGUUCUUAACCAUUUCUGUCCUAAAAUGAUUAAUUUUUC